AUGGCUGCAGAGAUGGUUGUUCCCAUCGAUGUCAAUGCCGUUCUUGGAUUUGACGCCGGUCCCGACAAUUUCUAUAAUGCCCCUGUUCCCCCAUGGAUUCCGGGUGCGGUACCUGGUUGGUAUUAUGGACCAAAUCCUCAGAAGUAUCCCGACCUUUGGACCCUCCAUGAUUUUAUGUGCAGAUUUUUGUGGUAUUAUCCUAAUGCCUUGCACUGCCCUGUCCCCAAACCCAUCCCCUCGGACGGUUAUAUUGAGACGUUUGAUAAUAUUACUGCAGCUGUUCAAGCAGACGAUUUCAUGACAUUUGGACUCGUUGAGACAGUCGAUGACUGCAAGGCUAUGUGCGACUCCGUGCCUGGAUGCACCUUUGUUAAUUCAUUCCACGACGUCAACGGCAAGUUUUGCCACACUUCUGCGGAUGCGGACAACGCAGGAGGGCAAAGCCAACCAGACGGCAGCAUAGAUUUUAUCAUCAACAGUGAUGGUUGGUGCAAAGUCGGAAACGCUACAACUACUACCACCACAACCACGCCAUCUACACUCACGACAGAAACAACGACCGUCCCCACUCAAACCACAACAAGCACUUCAAAGUCAACUUCGACAUCAACUUCGCAUACUAGCACCUCGACUCACACUAGUAGCACUAGCACGCACACCAGUACCAGCACGCAUACCACUACUAAGACGAGCACAGCUCCUACAAAAAGCCCAACGGGAAUCGCUCACUACUACCAAUGUGGAGGAAUUGGCUACACUGGAUCCACCUUCUGUUGUGCUCCCAUCGUGAUGCGUAUUUGCUCUGAAUCACUAGUGCCUAAUAGCAGAAAUGAGAUUUUGACUCCGCUUACUCAAGGAAAGUCGUCCCUGAUGAUGUUCGCCCGAUUUGGAGAAUGA